ACCCACCGGCGAGGAACCAACUACUCAUCAUAUCAUGGCGAUUGCUAAACCAGUCCAGGAUAUCACAACCUCGAAUAUCAAUGAAGAAGUUAAUGAGAUUCAGAAAUCAAAGAAGCAGAAGCACCGGAAAGAGAAGCCAUGGGAUACAGAUGAUAUCGACCAUUGGAAGAUCGAACCAUUCGAAUUAGAGAAAGAGAAAAUCAAACCAUUGACCGAGGAAUCUAGUUUUGCGACCCUAUUUCCAAAGUAUCGUGAGGUGUAUCUGAAGGAGAUCUGGAGUCAUUUGACUAAAGUCUUGGAACAACAUGGCGUGGCAUGCGUAUUGAAUUUGGUAGAGGGAUCAAUGACCGUGAAAACUACCCGAAAAACCGUCGAUCCAUACAUCAUACUCAAAGCUCGAGAUCUGAUCAAACUACUAGCAAGGAGUGUCCCAAUUACUCAGGCUGUCAAGAUUUUGGAUGAUAAUGUCGCUUGUGAUGUGAUCAAGAUCGGAAAUGUGAUUCGAAAUAAAGAAAGAUUUGUCAAACGACGACAGCGAAUAUUGGGGCCAUCGGGCAGCACGCUCAAGGCAAUCGAACUUUUAACAGAUUGUUAUCUGUUGGUUCAAGGUACCACAGUCUCCGCUAUGGGUCCUUACAAAGGGCUGAAAGUCGUCCGACGGAUCGUGAUAGAUUGUAUGAAAAACAUACAUCCGAUUUACCAUAUCAAAGAAUUAAUGAUCAAACGAGAGUUAGCCAAAAAUCCCAAGUUAGCUGAAGAGAAUUGGGACCGAUUUCUACCAAAUUUCACGAAGAGAAAACGAGCGAAGCAAGCCAAGGCAGCCAAAGUGUCUGAGCAGCAGCCAAGCGUUGGGCGAUCAGUCCAAGAUACAUCCCAAGCUGCGGCGUUCCGAUCAGAGCAAGCCAAACAAAAAUCAAUGCAAGAGAAGAAGAAGAAGAAAUAUACCCCAUUCCCUCCUCCUCAAAUGCCUAGAAAGAUCGACUUGGAGCUAGAAUCAGGCGAAUAUUUCAAGAAGAAAGCGCGGACAAAGAGUGAACGAGCAGAUGAAUCGAAGAAAGCCGAAGGUAGAGAAAUCGUCAGUAACUUGAGGAAACUCAACAAGGCGCAGGAUCAGCCUCCGGCUGAGGAAUCCAGAGCCAACCCGGUCUUGACCAAGAAACUCAACGAAAAAAAGAGGAAAUUUGUCCCCGAUGACCCUGCUCCUGACAAUCAUUGAUUCACUCGAUCUUCUUUCUCUAUUUUUCAUCUCUCUUCCUUGUAUUUUGUUCCCGUCUCUUUAAAUCACUCUGUUUUUGUCUAAUGAACCUUGGAUCCUCCUUGCAAGAGUUCACAUUUCAUCUCUCUGCUUUCCAAGAGACAAUUACAAGCUUCCACCAUGCUCACUGAUGCAUCUCCUUCACUCAGCCAAUGCAGACUCAUUGCGAGAUUUUUUUUUGAACAAUUUCCAGCAAUUGGCAAUAUGUAAUUUCUAUGGAACGGAUCAAUGAGAAAAUCUGACAAAAC